GCAAACAGCGGAGGAGGAGAAGGGGGAAGAGGAGGAGGAGGAGGAGAAGAUGAACGAGGAGGAGGAGGAGGUGAUGCUGAGCUGGGGAAGAUGUUUCAGGAGCGAAUAGAUGCACUAGAGAGGAGGGAGAGACAGCAGACAGAAGCGCAGGUGGCUCCCCCUGUGCACCCCGCCAGGCCGCGCCAUCGUCCCGUCGCCGCGAGGCGGACACAGAGGGCGCUGUUCUACAGCGACGACGACGACGACAAUGUCGAAAUAGAAGGCUUUAACAGCGGAGAUGAAGGAGGAGGAUCCCGAAAUCCUGGAGAGAGCGCGGGGAAGGUUCCGGGGGGAUCGGGUGCGGGAGGAAAGAGGAGUGCUACGCACGUGGAGAGGGAGGCGGGGGAGAAGCCGUGGCGUGAGGGAGGAAAGAGGAGUGCUACGCAUGCUGAGGGGGAGGCGGGGGAGAAGCCGUGCUGCGAGAGAGGAGAGAGACCUCCCACUGCAACGCACGACGGAGAAAGAAGGGCGGCGACGACGGAGAUUCGCGAAACCCCGGCGGAGAGAGAUGCGGAUGCUGUCGCACGCGCGAAGAGUCGCACUCCUCGCUGCUCGGUGGCGCCACCUGGCGAUGCCGCAGCGGAACUCGGUCCCGGACGCCGCGCCGUGGUGCCGAUAGAUGGCAGCACGUGUGCGUCGCCGUUGAAACGGAGGCCGAGCUUCACGGACAUCGACGCGAUAUUUCUGUUGUGAUUUGAGAGAGUCGGGGGGGGUUUUUUUUUAAUUGUCGGUUUGAGAUUUAUUAUUUAUUAACGAUGCCGACGUCGCUGUGAGCUUUUUAUACACUGAUGUACUAAAUUUACUUUUUUCUGUGUUUUAAUUUGGUAUACUAAAUUUACUGUGCAUGUAUGUGAAUGUAUAUUAUAUUAUGUAUAUAUUAUGUAUAUUA